UGAAGAUCUCUCUUCUCUCUCUCUCUCUCUGUAGCGAGUCAUCAUGUUCAUGAUAGAUUGGUUCUACGGUGUUCUCGCUUCGUUAGGGCUAUGGCAGAAAGAGGCUAAGAUCUUGUUCCUCGGACUCGAUAACGCCGGCAAAACAACCUUGCUUCACAUGCUCAAGGACGAGAGAUUGGUGCAGCACCAGCCUACACAGCAUCCAACGUCUGAGGAACUAAGCAUUGGAAAAAUCAAGUUCAAGGCUUUUGAUUUGGGUGGUCAUCAGAUUGCUCGCAGGGUCUGGAAAGAUUACUACGCUAAGGUGGAUGCUGUGGUCUACCUAGUGGAUGCAUACGACAAGGAGAGAUUUGCAGAAUCAAAAAAGGAACUGGACGCACUUCUCUCAGACGAGUCUCUAGCCACUGUUCCCUUCCUCAUCCUAGGAAACAAGAUAGACAUACCUUACGCUGCAUCAGAAGACGAGCUCCGUUACCAUCUUGGCCUCUCCAACUUCACAACGGGAAAGGGUAAAGUGAACCUAGUGGAUUCGAACGUAAGACCAUUGGAGGUUUUCAUGUGCAGCAUCGUCAGAAAGAUGGGCUAUGGCGAAGGCUUCAAGUGGCUCUCUCAAUACAUCAAGUAAACAAGACUCCAACCACAUGGCGUUACUAUUGUUAAACAACAAGUAAGUUUUUUAUAAUUCCCGUUUUGUAUUUUGUCUUGCGUUUCUUUUUUUUGAAUGUGUUGUAAGAAAUGUCGUGAAACUAAGCUUCUCGUGUGUCUCUCUGCCUUUUGUUUCUUGUAGUGACUUUAAAUUUUUAAUUCAUAUUAUUUUAAACUUUGGAUUAUAACUAAAACCCAGUAAAGAGACAUGUGUGGUUG